CAUGAUUCUGAAGGAGAUAUACCCAUAAUUGGGAUGGAUGACGAGCAAGAGGUACAAAUUGUCUCUGACUUUGUCACUGAGAGGAGAAAUGAGGCAGGAUUUGUAUCGUUAUCUUCGAAACCGAUUCCAGAGCUCGAUGAUAAUCCUGAGGUAUUGCAGAGCAGAGACAUUAUGAUGGUGAUAGAUACAAACUUCAUCAUAUCUCAUUUGGAUAUCGUGGAUGAUUUAUCAAAACUGUAUGAAAAGUACCACCAUAGGAUUGUUAUUCCAGUAACUGUUAUACAGGAACUUGAUGGGCUCAAGCUUUCACACAAGAGACCGAAGGAUGUUAUCAGUGAUAUUACAGUGGGUCACCUUGCACGUUGGGCCAAUGAUUGGAUCUAUAGAAUGCUUGCUGCUAGAGACAGCUCUGUAAGGGCCCAGAAGCUUCGUGAGUCAAUUGAUAAAGAAUCGACCAAAGACGACGCCAUCUUGGAUUGCUGUUUGUACUUCAAAGAGAGAACGGGAUCAAUGGUGGUUCUACUGUCCAAUGACAAAAACCUCUGUAUGAAGGCACUGGCGAAUGAAAUCCUCACAGUGUCUUACACAAAGGGUAUGACUGCAAAGCUCAUUGCUGAAAAAUCAUUUCAAGAGAAUAUGGAGUACGAAGCAGCACAUCAUCAUUCUUCCAAUAUGAACGACAAAGAAGAGUCACAAACGACCGAGUCAGUAGACGGAGAAGCAACUAUUUCCUUUGGCGAUGCAUCUGAUCUUGUAUUCUCAGAGAUUCAGAAAGUUGUUCUUGAGGCGUUGGAUGCAGUCAUGUACGCGGAGUAUGAAGACGAUGUUGAGCUCAUCGGGUACGACAAGGGUAAAGUGUUAACACUUGGUGAUGCUCUGAAGGUCAUUAGCCAAUAUUGGAUCUCAGUGUUUACAGAAUACUUCAAAAAGAGCUCGUUUAAGCCAUCCAAGGGUAAUGAUAACAGAUAUAAGUAUAAACCGCUAACUAAAGAAGAACUUGAAGAUUUCAUUCGUUACUGGAGUGGAAUACUUACAGCUCUUUACGUUAAAAGGGAUGAAGUGCAAAACAGUGCAUUGGAUAAGAUAAUUGAACGUUGGGAG